UGUGUGUGUGUGUGUAUAUAAACAAGUGCCCACCACUGCCACCUUCAACAACAACCAAACACACAGGAAAAAAGGGAUUGUCGAUAAUCGAAAACCCAUCUCAGAUUUCAAACUUAAUCGUGUGUUCAUCUCCACAAAAACAUAUAUCGAAAGCAACAUGGGGAAGACGAAGAAAGGCGGCACAGCACAAAGGGCAUGGAGCAUAUUGAGAAUGGCGCUGCUAUGGGCGAGAAAAGGAGGCAUUUUCAAGAGAUGGACCAUGCUCGAGCUCCGUAGCUUUGUCCCGAGAUAUCUCAAAACCCUCCCCCAUCAUCAUCAUCAUCAUCCGUCCUAUCUUUCCCGUUACGGAGAACGAGAGCUCUCCUUCGAUGAAACCCCCAUGUUCCACGUCAAGAUGCACCGCCCUGCUUCCAUGAGGUUCCUCCUUCCUUGCAUUACCCCUCAUGAGAUCGACUUCGACUGCGAUUUCGACGGUCAGGAUGAUGAUCCUGUUGACGUCGGUUCCUACGGCUACGAUGGUAACGCCGUCAAGGAAGAGGACGAAAACGGGAUUGAUGUGAGAGCUGAGGAGUUCAUCGCUAAGUUCUAUGAACAGAUCAAGUUGCAGAGGCAGAUUUCGUUUCUUCAGUACAAAGAAUCCAUUACAGACGAUGAUGAUGAAUUAUGAACGAAGUUCGAAACAAGAAGGUUGCAUUGAAUCUUGGUUCUGUAGAUAGUCAAAAGGGUUGCUGAGAAGAUAUCGUCUGGAGCUGUCCAUUCAAUUUUUUUUAAUUUCUUUUUCAUUCGUUCAAUUUUGUGGAAUUUAAUUUCUUAUUACAAUUUUCCCCUAUUUACAUGUGUAAUUCGGAUUUUUAUUAGUUCCAUUUCUAUCAUUUUA